AUGGGACGAAGACUCGAAGACAACGGUAUCGAGUCAAAGACAACGAUCGAGUCAAAGACAACAAUCGAGUCAAAGACAACGAUCGAGUCGGUUAAGCACCGUUCAGGCACCCGGGACCCGGGGCAGGGCCAAUGGGAGGGUGGCGUUGCCGGUGGUGGAGCUUGGGGACGCGAACCGGCGCGGCGGACCGCGGUCAGGGGUCCGGGGUGGCCGCCGGGAGGACUAACCCUGUCGGAACCGCGGACCGCGUCGCUCCGCCCUCCAUCGCCUCCUCUCAUGUCUCUCCAGCUCUCCAACCCUCCAACCCUCCAUGCCUCCAUGCCUCCAACCCUCCGACCGCCCAUGCCACCUCCUCUUCGUCUACCCCCUGGUCAACUCCAUGGGCCAUGA